AUGCUAAUCUCUCCUCUAGCAGACAGGAACCAGAAGGAGUUGUGUUCAGUGUUGUGUGAUGUGUUGGAGGAGCAGUCUCACAGGGAACUGUUUGCCUUAGAGCUGGGCUCUGGCAUCGGACAGCAUGUGGUCAACUUCGCCAUGGCAACGCCCUUCAUCACCUGUGUCAGAUCCUACAUAGCGGUGACCAAAGUGAAGACCGUGCUGCAGCCUGUGCACCUGGACGCCAGCGAACCCUGGGAGAAGUGGGCGGGCCUUCCACGCGGGGCCUGUGAUGUCAUCGUGGCCAUUAACCUGCUUCAGUGCAGCUCUUUCGACACCGUAGAGGGCGUCGUCAAAGGAUCAGGACAGAUCCUCAGACAAAAUGGUCUCUUGAUCACACAUGGGCCCUACGCCAUCAACGGCACCAUCACCCCCAGCUGUAUGGAGGACUUGGACCAGGAACUACGACAGAUGAACCCAGGGUGGGGUCUACCAGACAUCGACAUUCUGAGACAGCUGGCGUUUGGGAACGGGAUGCGCAUGGAGAGGAUGAUAGAGAGGGAACAGGAUAAUAAAUACCUGGUCUAUCAGGAUGUUUAG